AAAUCAAGUAUGGCAUCUAAACCGGUUGUCAUGGUAAUUGGUGCAACUGGUACGAUUGGCUUCGCGACCAUUAGUUCCUUAGUGUCCGAGCACAGUAGUGCUUUCGAUAUACAGGCAGGCGUUCGUGAUCCAAAGAAAGCUGAAGACAAGUUUAAAGAUCUAAAAGGAGCUGUCAAAAUUGUCCAGGCCACAAUGGGUGACAAAGAUUUGCCGAAGGUCUUUCAAGGUGUCAGUCGGUUAUUCAUCGUAACACCUCCGACUAAAGACCGAGCAGAACUUACCAUAGCAACGAUAACGUCCGCCAAACUAGCAGGGGUGCAAAGCAUUGUGGUCGUCAGUGCUUGUGCAAUGCCCGUGGAUCCUAACAAACCAUACACGCCGGUAGCAGCCAUUGAUGCUGGAAAAGCAGUGGCAUUAAUCCUCAUUAACCCAGCACAGCAUGCCGGGAAGACAUAUAAUAUAGUUAGUAACCGACACACGAUGAACGAAGCAUGCCAGGAAUUUUCACGACAACUUGGCAAGGUUGUAAAGUUUGUACAAAUAUCGUAUGAAAAAGCGAAGGAGAACUUCCUAAUGGCUGGCGUACCAGACUGGCAAGUUGAUGGUAUGAUACAUAGCUUCAGGAUGAUGGACGAAGGAUCCCCGGCGAGCAAUCUCCAGGACAUUGAAGACUUCCACAGAAUAACAAACAUGGCACCGACAUCUCUUGCUGAUUGGAUUGCUACCAAUAGAUUUGCUUUUCAAUAAAGCCAACGGUGUGCACACCUCUUUGAUAAACCAGUAAUCACGUGACAUAUACCUCUUAACACAUUUGUUUUCUCGUGAGCUUCUUAUUCUCCCGGGGGG